GUGCAAAACUUGCCAUGAGUUUAAUCAACAAGCUCUGCCAACUGAAGGCGUCAAAGGUUUGGAGCGUCAAUUUUGUACUUCACUAUUUACUCUCUUUAUGCCACUCGGCGCGUGCGGACGUGUGCGAUUAAAUUUGAAAAGAGAUGCUCACAAACCGAAAAUAAUUUCGGGAAAUUAAAAAAUUGAAACAAAUCAAAAUAAAUCGAACGAAAUAUAUAAACAAGUGAACACAAUGUCAAGUGUAGAAACAGCAGAAGAAUUCAAAACACGCUCACUAGUGGACCAACCGGUCGAGACACAAUUUAAUGGAUCCACCGAAUUCAUACUGGUCACAGAUCACCAAACAUCUGAGAGGAAGCGGAACUUUGGAGAUUUCUGCGCAACCGGGCUAAAGAAUGUCUUUCGAAAGAAGACCCUUUACAAACGACUGCCGAUCUUGAACUGGUUGCCACAUUACAAUCGUGACGAUGCCAUUGGUGAUUUGAUUGCAGGCAUAACUGUCGGCUUAACGGUCAUACCGCAGGGUUUAGCUUAUUCUGGGGUUGCUGGCUUGCCAACACAGUACGGUCUUUACGGCGCCUUUAUGGGAUGUUUUGUUUACGUCAUAUUCGGCACCUGCAAGGACAGCACAGUCGGUUCGACGGCCAUCGCAUCGCUUAUGGUCUUCCAGUUCGCCAAAGGUGUGUGGCAAAGAGCGAUAUUGUUCACAUUCCUCACGGGCAUUAUCGAAAUACUCAUGGCGCUCUUUCGGUUAAGUUUCAUAAUAGAAUUUGUAUCAGGGCCGGUGAGUGCGGGUUUCACAAGCGCCGUCGCACUGAUCAUAACCACAUCACAAAUAAAAAAUAUAAUUGGCGUCCAGAAUGCCAAAGGCACAACUUUUCUGGAGCGUUGGAUCAGCAUGAUCAGUGACAUAGAGAAUAUGCGCAUAGCGGAUACGAUUCUCGGAUGUAGUUGUGUUGUCAUCUUGAUGUUGAUGCGCUCUUUAGGUGACAUUAAGGUGGGCCCUAAGAACAAUCGCCAGUGGUAUCAUGUUAUGGCGACCAAGUUGAUGUGGUUCUUGAGCGUCUCACGUAAUGCAACUCUGGUAAUCGUUUGUGCGGCAGCAAGCAUGUACAUGCAGGAACGGGGUAUGAAUUACUUCCGUUUGACAGGCUACAUACCCGUCGGCUUGCCUAAAUUUGGACUACCGCCUUUCUCCAUUGAGGGAACGCCAGGCAAUGAAACCACCGGUGAACCAGCAAUUGAAGCUGAGUCUUUCUUUGAGAUGGUGAAUAAUAUGGGUUAUGGUCUCAUCAUUGUGCCACUCGUGGCUUUGUUGGAGAAUAUCGCCGCUUGUAAAGCUUUCGCGAAAGGGAAACCUAUUGACACAGCCCAAGAGCUGAUCGCUAUGGGUGUAGCGAACGUGGCGAAUUCAUUUUUCCAAGGUUAUCGUGCCAACGGCGGUCUCGCACGUUCGGCUGUUAAUAAUGCCAGUGGCGUACGCACCCCCUUGGGCAAUAUGUAUAUCGGUGCCAUCGUGGUCUUCGCUCUGCUCUAUCUAACUGAGUUUUUCUACUACAUUCCGAAAGCCGCACUGGCGUCCAUCAUUAUUUCGGCCGUGAUCUUCCAAGUGCAGUAUCAAGUGAUCCUGCCAAUGUGGCGCAGUAAACGAACUGAUUUGAUACCUUACUUUGUUGCCUUCAUUGCUUGCUUGGUUAUGCCAUUGGAGCUGGGCAUUCUCGCGGCAAUUGGCGUAAACCUUUUGUUUAUUUUAUAUCACUCAGCGCGUCCGAAAGUGCGCUUGGAGACAUUGGAGACACAGGAUGGCUUAAAAUUCCUCAAACUCACACCGGAUCGUUGUCUCAUCUUUCCUUCCGUUGAGUUUGUACGUAACCUGGUGCUCAAGUUUGGCAAUAAAACCACACUGCCGGUGGUCAUCGACUGCACUUACAUCUAUGGUGCUGACUACACUGCCGCCAAAGUGAUCUCCUCACUGAUCGAAGAUUUUAAACGACGCAACCAAAAAAUUAUCUUCUAUAAUUUGAAACCAAAUGUUGUGCAAAUCUUCGACGGCCUGAAUAUUAGCUUAACAUUGUGCUACAACACUGACGCACUGACCCAGGCGCUGGGAGAGAAUCGAAAUGACAAGGUGUCAAAAACGAGUUUAGACAAUUACGUAGAGGCUGGUAUUAGAAGCAGCAAUGCGACGUUAAAUUCAACACUUACCAUCGAUGUGGCGUGUAUCGGGGAUUCCGAGAGAACAUAACCAAGUUGUAAAUAUUUUAUUUCUUGCUCAUGUGCGCACUUAUUCGAAUCCAUAUCCAUUUGUAAAUAUGCAUUUCAUAAAGAAGCCAAUUUCUGGUCAAAACUGUUCCUAUAUACAGUUUUUUAAACAUUUGUAUAUGUACAUACAUAAGCAUAUAUAAAAUAUAAAGAUUGAAAUAAAUUUUUUUUGGAAU